GUUAGAGGUCGCUGCUCAAGCAUAAGUUUUCUUAGGACCACUACCGAGAUGUUUGAUGUCAAGGCUUGGGCGGAAUAUGUAGUGGAAUGGGCUGCAAAGGACCCGUAUGGUUUCCUUACAGCCGUUAUUUUGGCCCUUACUCCACUGUUCCUAGCAAGUGCGGUCUUGUCCUGGAAA